AUGGUUUCCCCUUUUGGAAGCUGCGCAUGGAUCUCCAGAUCUUGCAUAUAUGUCAUGCAGUCGGUCUACUUCGAUUGCGCUUGUUCCUGCAGACCACAUCGUGGGUCUUGCAAUCCAUUGCUUCUUCUUUCCAUGGCUGCCCGAGGAAAAUCACAAGACCGGCUCUUGGAUCUCGAAGAGCGGCUCUAUCCGAGCAGAGAAACACCAGAUGAAGACCCAUACAUUUUGCUCGAUGUGGCUCUUCUUUUCUGGAACAAUGGUAAUCGGGUGACCAAGUAUAUCCGCCAUAUCUUCAAAGCAGACAUCUCCGUGGACGAGGCCAGUGAGUGGGCGCUUGAGAAAUACCGGGAAACCAUUCUUCCCGAGAAGAAAUAUGUCUUUUGUCUCGGGGAAGAACCGGGCUCGGGAAAAUCGCUUCUGUCUCAGAAAUUUGUGACAAUCCACGAUACUCUGGCUCGGCUUAGAGACAUAUAUAAAGAGCGAGACAUGAUGUGUAUAUCCGAUGUGCCCGACUACAACAAUCGGGUGAAGAAACUUGUGGUGAAAUGGGUUCUCAUUGUGCUUGGGUUGGUUCUUCUAGUCUUGCUAGCACUUCUCUCUUCUUUGGCUUUAAUCGUGACCAAGAUCGUGGCUUCUUUCCAGGAGUCGCAAUCCAAAAAGCCCAGCCUAUGGGAAAGAUUCAUGUGA